GUCAUAUAAAUAAAUGUACGUUAGAGCCAUUGCAAUAAACUGUUUAAAAUUGUCGUUAAUUACGUCACCCGCUUUUAUACGUUGAUGUUAAAGUUCACGUGACGUCCAUGGCGCAGCAUACAUAGAUACCUACAAGCUGCCGCGGCGCGAAAUGGCGCGUGGGGGUGAAACGCGAAGUCGCGGAUUCGAUUCUAGCCCCAAAACAUAAGUAAGUUUUCUAAUUCCAUGUAGUUUUUUUAAAGCUGAAAAUCGCAAGCAGUUCUUAAUAUCCAGAGCAGCACUUAUUUAGUAGUGUGAUGCAGGAUCGAGAGUAUACAUGUAGCAUCAAUGGAAGUUGGUUCAAAUUGGUGUUGUUAAAGCUAGUUCAAAUCAUUCUUAAUAUCUACGUAAUGUCUGUCGUCUACAAUUUAAUAAAUAUUAAACAUUAAAAAGCAAAUUUCUCAAGGAUUUUCGAAAUAAGGAUAAGUAAUAAACAAAUUUAUGUAGAAAAACGAAUGUUUCCAAAGACCACGUUAAAUGUCCCGGAAAAACAAAUAUUGUUUCAAUUAGCGAAGACAAGACAGUUUUCUUUAUGGGACUGGGACGCUCCCUGUCCCCAUUCUGUAUCGCACCAUAAAGGGUGGUGGGGUGGUGGUAUUGUGGGGCUGCAGCCGGCCGGCGAGCUUUCAGGAUGGCUAAAAUAGUUCAGCGGCUGGCAAAGUGAAGAGCGGGCUCGGCGACUCGCCACGAACCAGCCACGCCGUGGUUAAUCACUUACCUCAUAUUUUCGAAAUUGUUUUCAACCGUUUGUGAAUUUCUUUGCUUAUUUUAUAGUAACAUUCCAGUUUUAAAAUUAUCGUCUUAUUAGUAUUUAAUGAUAAAUUCUCGAUAACCUCACAAUCUGUUUUUAACCCGUUCUAUAUGGUAUUUCGUGUGUAAUGUAUGUAUAUUGUAUAGUGUAGGUGUAGAGAUCGUGAAUGCUAAACAGGCUGAAUAAGCGACAAUGAAGCCCGCAAAUAAAUCGCACUUUCUCAUUUUAAUAACCGCAUUGUCAGUAUGCAAUGGAGCGAGGAUGUCGCAGCAGCCAGUGAAAACUACAACAACGACAACCUUGCAGCCGUCUUCAGUGGCGGCCUUCACGCCGGUGACGCUGACGGUAGUGGAAGAGAUGCUGACGGCCACCAUGCCCCCAGUGUGCGAGGAAGCCACUAUCUCCACCAACCCGCUCGGCCGCUUGCGCAUGGCCAUGAAAAACAGCGUCUACACGCAGAUGAAUGCCUUCUUCGACGCAUUCAUCAUCUUCUCUAGUGAUGAGCAUUUGAGUGAAGAGCCGUCAGCAGAUGAGCGUCGUCUUGAAUACAUCAGUGGGUGGGACGGUCCUGGCACUGGCGUGGUGCUGGCAGACGGCGGCGCGGCGGUGUGGGUGUCUACUGGCGAGAUCAGCCGUGCGAGGGCCACGCUCUCCUGCGCCUGGAUGGUCAUAGACGGCGAUGAUCCUGGACAGCCUACCAUUCCUGAGUGGAUUGCUGAGCGUCUAGGCCGCACUGGGCGUGUGGGUGGGGACGCGCGCCUCACAUCAGUGGGAGAAUGGCAGUCGCUCUCCACCGCCCUGCAGCGCGAGGGGUUACAGCUCGUCCAUAUCCCCACUAUGAUCGACCAACUGUGGAACGAUGAGUUGGAGCCAGCACGACGACGGCCGGAAUUUUCAAAAAUCGUCGCCGUUUUGCAUAACAUGGAGUACACAGGACUCAGCUGGCGUGACAAGAUAGCCGCCGUCCGCGCAGAGCUGAAAGCAGUCGGCGCCGACGCCAUGGUGGUGACUGCACUGGAUGAAGUGGCAUGGCUCCUCAACGUGCGUGGCAAGGACCUGCCGUACGCGCCGCUGCUCAAGGCUUUCGUCAUCGUCAGCGCCAAGGACGUGCGCGUCUUCGCGCCGCCCGGUAAACUAUCCAUGCCGGUCAGAGACGCCUUGGCUGUGUAUAACUGCUACACCAAUAAUUGUACCAAGGUAAACGAAUACACAACAAUCUACGCGGAGCUUCGUCGAUCGACUGAAUCCAAGAUCCUGAUCCCUGCAGCAGGCACCUUCCAGCGAGGAGCCUCGGCAGCCAUAGCUCAGAGCAUUACCGCGACCAAGCGGAUGUUUCUACUCUCACCUAUAGUGUACUUAAAGGCUCAGAAGAACGAGGCGGAAGUGAAAGGCAUGCGGAAGGCGCAUUUGAGAGACGCUGUCGCUAUGUGCACGCUUUUAAGUUAUUUGGAGGGUAAAUCAGGCCUUAGUGAAAUCUCAGUCGCGAAGACAGUGGACUUGACGCGCGAGACGCAGGCCGGGUUCAUUGGUGCAGCCAUGAGGACACGUGUCGCUUUCGGGCCGAGCGCUUCUGAGCCUGACUACCGCCCCACCAAUGUAUCAAACAGACGGAUAUUUAAAAACUCUACGCUUGUCAUACAAUCCGGCGGACAAUACGAUGAAGGAACUACGGUAGUAACUCGCACAGUGCAUUUCGGAUCACCGAAUAGGGAUGAGCGUCGAGCCUAUACAACAGUAUUAAGAUCCUUAGCUGCUCUAGCCAUGCUUACCACCCCUAACGCGCUGCCUGGAGCUCACACAGACCCUGUAGCGAGAGCACCGCUGUGGGCCACAAGACAGGACUACACGCAUCCCACGGGACAUGGGGUUGGUGCUGCACUUAAUCGGAAAGAAGAUCCUGUCGUGAUUGAUUACCGCCAGGACACCAAUUUGCAUACUCUGAGGGAAGGAUACUUCAUCACAAGUGAACCGGGUUGGUACGAACCAGAGAAAUAUGGAGUUCGACUUGGGAAUGUAUUAGAAGUGGUUUCUAAACCGAUGGGUUAUUUGGCAUUCAAAGAGUCCACACUGAUUCCUUACGAACCUAAGCUUAUAGACAAGAAUAUGCUGACUGAGUACGAAAUCAUUUGGCUUAAUAGUUACAACGAUCGGAUAAGGAAAAUAGUGGGGCCAGAGCUGAUGGACCGGGGUCUUACCGAUGUCUACUACUGGAUGACGAACAAGACUGUGGCUAUCGAACUACCCUCUAAAAUGCGGAGACAUCAUGCUAAUGCAGCGGUUUUGUCUUGCACGCUGAGCUCUGUUGCUAUUAUGCUUGGUUUGAUUUUCAAAAUGUGUUCUUAAUAUAACUAAUUAAGGCUUAGUAUGAUUUAUUCUCAUAUUUAAAUUAUAUGUCUAAGGUUAUCUAGUUACGAAAUUUGGUAUGAAUAGUGUGUAGAGCAAGAAUAAUAGCUGUCAUUUAUAUUUUAAGAGCCUUAUCAUUAAACACAUUUGAAAGUG